CUGGCUAAGAUAUAUGGGAAUGUUUAUACGAUGUGGAUGGGCUCCCAAGCGGCUGUGGUGCUUUCUGGAUAUGAGGCAGUGAGAGAAGGGCUGAUAAACCACGCAGACGAUUUCUCUGAGCGGCCGAUGACCAGGGCGACGAAAGCUGUACUAAAAGAAAAGGGCAUUAUAUUGUCAAACGGCCAUAACUGGAAGCAGCAGAGGAAGUUCGGGCUAGUCACCUUGCGGAAGCUGGGACUGGGGAAGAAAGGCGUGGAGCACCAAAUCGAAGAGGAGGCCCAUCAGCUUGUCGAGACUUUUGCACGUGCAAAAGGGCAGCCCAUGGACCCUUCAUUACCCAUCAAAAAUUCUGUCGCCAACGUGAUCUGUGCCAUGGCCUUUGGACACCGCUUUUCUAUGGACGAUGAAAAAUUCCACAAGUUGAGGGAAGCCGUUGACUUUAUCUUAGAAUACAGCACUACCUUAAUGAAUGUACUGUACGAAAUUUACCCAUGGCUUGAGAAAAUUAUCCCAGGACCUUAUAGGAAGGCAGUAAACUUCACAGAAGUUGUGCUGGAAUUUGCAAGGAAGGAAAUCGCAUACCACAAGGAGCAUCAGGCGCAGCAUGAGCCACAGGAUUUUACAGAUUACUAUCUAUCUCAAAUAACAAAAAGCAAGCAUGACCCCAAUUCUACAUUUAAUGAAGAGAACCUGACUCAGUGCAUUUUCGACUUCUUUGUUGCUGGGACAGACACAACCGCCACUACUCUGCAGUGGGCAGUGUCCUUGAUGGCAGUUUACCCGGAUAUCCAAGAAAAAGUCCAGAAGGAGUUAGAAGAUGUCUUUGGGUCUUCACUUUCUAUUGGCUAUCAAGAGCGGAAAAAACUGCCCUACACCAAUGCGGUGAUUCACGAGAUUCAACGUUUCCAAUUUGUCUUUUUAUUUGGGGUCCCCAGACAAACUGGCAAGGAUGUGGACAUGCUUGGAUUUCACAUUCCCAAGGGGACAUUUAUCAUUGCAGAUCUACGCUCUGUUCUUGUUGAUCCAAAGCAAUGGGAGACACCUGAAAAGUUCAACCCAAACCACUUCCUAGACAAGGAUGGCAAUUUUGUGGUUAGAGAAGGAUUCCUUCCAUUUGGUGCAGGGGCCCGUGUCUGUCUGGGAGAGCAGCUGGCAAGGAUAGAACUCUUCGUCUUCUUCACCAGUCUGAUGCGGGCGUUCACCUUCAAGUUCCCAGAAGGAGUGAAAGACCACAACCUGGAGCCUGUUGUAGGGUUCACCGUUUACCCCCGUCAUCGGAAACUCCGCGCUGUUCCCUGCACCAGUGCUUCAUGAGCCACUGAAAUAAUAAGGCGGGUUGAUUCGUUUUUGUCGAUUUGCCCCUCGUUCUUUUUCUUGCGCGGACUCUAAUCUGAGAGAACCGGGUUUGAU